AAAUAAUUUUGUAAUCAUCAUCCAAGAAGGGUGCUCUAUAUUCUGAUUCUUGGCCAAUUUUUUUCCUUUUUUACAAAAAAAAUCCAACAGAUUUUUUUCAUGAAACUAUGCUGGCGUUUAUAAAGCAAAACACGCCUUAUUGAUUAAAUGAAAAAACUUUGAAAAUUCUAAAAUUUAUUAAUAAAUAAAAGAAAAAAAUAUUUGUCAACUUUUUGACUUGUGGCCAAAUUUCACAAGUGCAGUUGAGACUCCUUGAUGGAAAAACUAACAACAACAAAAACAGGCAACAAGUUUUACGUAUUUCAAGUAAUUACAAAAAUUAAAAAACAAACCAUCAUCAAAAUAAAGUGAUUUUUAAUUAAAAUAUAACAAAGUGAAGAAAAUGUGCUAUAACUAAACAGUGUCUCAGUGUAAUUUAACAAUUUUAAAACAAAAAUUCAGAAUUUGCAAAAAACCAACAUAAUUAAUUUAAAAGAACACACGAUAAACAAUUAAUUUAUUACUAUUUGUUGCUAUUUACGUGGGAAACUUAAGAAUUAAUCGCAAGAGUAGAGUUUUGUGAAAUAAAAAAAAAAACAAAAUUGCAAUUUUAUUUUCAGGGUUGUUAAUUAGAGCACAAGUUAUGAACAUUUGUAUUUAUGUAUGCCUGUGUUAAACAUCUGGCAACUUUGUAAUCGUUGCUUUAAUUUGACAGUUCUGCCAUCUAACCUCAAACACGGGCUAAAAAGUGACAAGUUUUCUCUUCUGCAAUAAUUGUCGGCCACCACACGGAAAAUUAAAAAAAGAAACUUUUUAAUUGUUUAAACAAAUUACAAGUGUUAUAUUCAUAAAACAAUAAUAAAAUUCCGCUAAAACAAUAUGCCUUAAAGUGCAAAUUAUAAAAGUUUUUCUCGUAAAAAACGUUAAACAAAACAAGUGAAAAGUGUUAGUAGGAAAAAAACGAAAAGUAAAAGAAAAAAUAACAACAACUACAACAAAAACAGUGACUAAACCAAAAUAUACUGAGAGAUUUGUUGGUGGGAUUGAUGGAGAAGGAGCUGGGCACCAAAUACGCAGUAAAUUCUGCGGAUGAACUUGACAUCGAUAGUGAUACUCCGCACAAGAAAUCAAAAAAAUCCAAAAAGAAAAAAAGUAGAAGAACACACGAUAAAACAAACAGCUCACGCAGUCGAAGCAACAGCUUAAGACGUCAAUCAUCCUCUAGUGGUCACGGCGGUGUCGAUGCCACCAGUCGUGCCACCACCAGUAGUCAAAAACUCCACAAUACCACUACCUCCGAUAAUAUAGUUGAAUACUCGGAUGUAAGUUCUACCGAUUUUUCAGAUCCCGAGGCGGGUGAAAUCAGUUCAGAUGCUUCGGUGGGCAAACGUUGUGAUAAGCUUCUCGCCACCACGAAUGUGGGUAAAAAGCGUCACAAUGUUGUAACGAAUAAGAAUAAUACCAAACCUGCCGCCCUAAAGACCGAUGCUCGUUCCGAUGUUAAUCUCAGCAGUGAUGAGGAAAAUUAUAGACUUUACCACGCCUUCUCUAGAAACAAAAGGAAAGAAAGCUUUGAUAGUUUAUCCCGGCUCUCACCUAAUCAUGUGCGACGCAUUAUUCUGGGUUCUCCCGUACCCAGCACGACAAAAGUUAGUCUAAGUGAAACCCACAGUGCCGCCAAAAUCUUGGACAAUAAAGAUAAAGAGCGGCAUCAGGUUGAAAGUCGGCGUUCCUCAAUAUUGACACCACCCUCAGCCAGUCAUAAGUCACAAGAGAAACUUGUGGCCGAUGAGUCGGACUGGGAUGAGGAAUUGGAAAAUUAUUUGUCUAGUGAUACCAUUGACACCGAUGAAUUGGAGGCUGAAAUGAAGCGACAAAAGCGUAAGAAAAAUAAAAAAGACAAAAAACACAAGCGCAGUCGUAAAUCGAAAAAGCGCAAAAAGAAACGUAACAAAUCCUUCUCCAGCAUAGAACCCAUAUCGGAUAAUGAUUUAGAAGAUGUUUUAGAUACUAAUGUGUCUUUAAGACACUAUACACCUCCCGCAGAGGGCGUGCCAACGGCCAAAAGUCCCUCAGAUCCUACUUAUACACCCAUUAAGCAGCGUAGUCCACGUUCUUCGGAUACCCCACCUCCUAUACGUCCUGGCAGUAGCAAUAGCUAUUAUUCCGAGUCGGCUAAUAUGGCAGUACAAGCAGGUGUUUCAACCACUUCCACAGCGCCGGCAAAUAAUCUGGUUGGCUUACAAGUUACCGUAACAAAUCGUUUGGGUGGCGCACGUCAUCGUACACCACCACGUACUUCUAAUACAAAAAAUCGUUUUCCAAAUCCUCAUUCACCGCAUACGCCUCCUCUGUAUGCUAGUGGCAGUAGUUCUGUCUCCGGUCGUGAGGUGCGUAGUUCACGUUUUGUCAUUAGUCCGGGUAAGGAUGAUCAUCGUCAUCAUCAUCACCAUCAUGUACGUCCAGAUAUUGCUGGCACUCCUGGCAAUCAUCAUUAUCAUCAACGUCAAACGGCAGCAGUCAUUACAGAGAGUCACAAAUAUAAGGACACCGAUCGUUAUUACCACCAUCAACCAUCGACGCCUCCGCAUAAGAAACGAAAAAUGCAUGAUGUCCGUAAUGCAGCGAAUUCGCAAAGUUAUUAUGAUCAUGGCCGUCACGACAGUCGAAGUAGUUCGCGUAAUAUGCGGCCGAGUGAAUAUGAUCGUUAUAAUAGAGAUAAUUACUCGAAACGUUAUUCCAGAAGUCCCAGUCAAUCACUUAUGCGUAUAAGAGGUGGUCAAUCACCCUCUACCACCUAUCGUGGUGGUUCACAUAAAUACAAAUAUCCCACUUCACCCUCACCGGUACGUUCACGUUCAUCGAAACGUGAACGUUAUGCCUCACGUUCACGUUCGCCAAGACCGUCACGCUAUGCCGAGUCACCUACAGAUUCGCCACGCAGUGGUACUCAUCAUUACUAUCGCAAUCGUCGUUCAUCGUCACGCUAUCGACGAUCACGUUCUAAACAUUCUCCUGCCAGUAUGUCUCGUAGUCGUUCGCGAACGAGAUCGCCGUCGAGCACGCCGCGUGAUUUGAAACAGAAGCGAAUAGAGUAUAGUAAGAAGAUAAGUGAGACGAGUUUAUUCGCUGAAUUGGUUAAGGAUAAACAUAAGAGACAAAAAGCUUUGCAGGAAAUCAUUGAAAAACAGGAAGAAAAUAGUAAUAGUAAUGGGGCUUUAGCAAUAAACGAAAACAGUUCAUCCAUGGACAGUACGGUACCGGCUGUCAAAGCUAAUGCGGAUGACACUAACACAUUAACCACCAUAACAGCAACUAUGGAAAAUUCCAAAGAGAUCGACAUUUCACAAACAGUGCCAGCAAAUAAAACUGUACAGCCAGCUGCAACAGCAACAGAAGCUACAGUGCAGACAACACAACAGAGCAAUGGUGUGAAAAAACCAGCAGUGGACGUAAAUAACAUUCCAAUGCCACAAUUAGUCAGCAGCCCCACAAACAAGACAAAAUCAUCAGGUAAUGAUGAAACAGAUCGUGCCCUUACCUCAAGUACCAUACCUGCAAAACAACAAGAUAUAACUACUACCGCAGCAGCAACAGCAUCAUCAACAACAAAGACAACUACUAAACCUAAGAGUCUCACAGCACUGCCCAUGCCUCCGGGCAUAACAGCAGCUGAUUUAGCAAUGGCCACUUCGCCCUCACCACCACCAUCAUCCAAUCAUCAUCAUCACCAUAGUACGAACACAAAUGCCAAGCAUCACAGUUCAACGUCCAAAAAAUCUACAGUUAGUGGUGCGACCACGACAUCGUCAUCUUCUGCCUCCUCCUCCUCAGCUACAGCCAAUUCUAACAAAAGUCUGCUUAAUUUACCCAUGCCUCCUAUGGUGCCCGGCAGUGAAGAUCUCAGUGGUGAUGAUGAACUCAUCAACAGUCCCGAAGACUUUGAUAAUCUGGGUGGUGGCGGCAGCAAUAGCAGUACCAGUGGCAGCAAAUCAAACAAAAAUGCUUCAGAAACAAAACGCAAACGUCCCGUCAUUCUAAAUAGACGUGAUUCACGCAACAAUGUUCGUGACUGGGGUGAACGUUGUGUCGAUGUUUUCGAAAUGAUUGCCCAAAUAGGUGAGGGUACCUAUGGUCAGGUUUAUAAGGCACGUGAUCAUCACACCAACGAAAUGGUGGCACUUAAAAAAGUGCGUAUGGAUCAUGAAAAGGAGGGCUUCCCCAUAACGGCUGUGCGUGAAAUCAAAAUUCUACGACAACUUAAUCAUGCGAAUAUUGUGAAUUUACAUGAAAUUGUCACCGAUAAACAGGAUGCUUUAGAGUUUCGCAAAGAUAAGGGUUCAUUCUAUUUGGUAUUUGAGUAUAUGGAUCACGAUCUCAUGGGUUUAUUGGAAUCGGGUAUGGUCGAUUUUAAUGAUGAGAAUAAUGCUAGUAUCAUGAAACAACUGCUGGACGGACUUAAUUAUUGCCACAAAAAGAAUUUCUUACAUCGUGAUAUAAAAUGCUCAAACAUUUUGAUGAAUAAUAAGGGUCAAGUUAAACUUGCUGACUUUGGUUUGGCUCGUCUCUACAAUGCUGAAGAUCGCGAUCGUCCCUAUACCAAUAAAGUCAUAACAUUAUGGUAUCGGCCGCCUGAACUGCUGCUGGGCGAAGAACGUUAUGGCCCACCCAUAGAUGUAUGGUCAUGUGGCUGUAUACUCGGUGAACUUUUCCUAAAACGACCACUUUUCCAAGGCAACUAUGAAAUGGCCCUAUUGGAAAACAUAUCGAAAGUUUGCGGUUCACCAGUGCCGGCUGUUUGGCCGAAUGUCAUUAAAUUACCACUCUUUCAUACACUCAAACAGAAAAGAACACAUCGAAGAAGACUGCGAGAAGAUUUUGAGUUUAUGCCGGUACCAGCUUUGGAUCUAUUAGAUAAAAUGUUGGAAUUAGAUCCAGAUAAACGUAUAACGGCAGAAGAUGCUCUCAAAUCACAAUGGCUGAAGAGCGUUAGACCCGAAGAAAUGCCCGCCCCCAUUUUGCCCACUUGGCAGGAUUGCCAUGAAAUGUGGAGUAAAAAACGUCGUCGUCAACAUCAACAACAGCAGCAGCAACAACAACAGCAACAUCAACCCUCGGUUACACAUCCUGCUGGAGCAGCUGCUGCUCAAGAUGCCUAGCAGCAACAAGCUGCCGGCGAUCAUACCUAACAGUGUCGUAGCCCCCUUAUUGGUGCAUUUGCUUUGGGAAAUACAAAUAGCAAUAAAUAUCGAGGAGAGUGGCGAUGAUUUUGUGGUUAUACAAACAAAUGUAAUUUUAAAGAAAUUCAAUACAAAAAGAAAGAAAGAAUAGUUGGCAUUUGAAUUUUUACAGCUUUGAUAACUAUUUGUUAAGUUUAUAUUUUAUUUUUAUUAUU